CCUUAUUCGAAGGAGGAUUUCGGUGGACGUUAGGGGACCGAGAGGGGCUCCUGUGAGAGACCGAAGUUUCCGUCCCCACAGGCCUGUCCUCGCUGAAAAGAGAUUGCGUCAGAGCCCCCGCACCCCAGAAACGAGUCAGGCCUUCAGGCGUCUCGGGCAGCCGAAAUCUCUGCCGAGAGGCGACACACACAUCCUACCGGAGAGCUCCUACUGCUCUAACUAGAGCGUUAGGGCAAAAAUCGCAAAGCCUGGGGAAACGGGCACAUCUUAGAGCUGCUGGGGCCAGUGGGAGUUUCUUACCCUCAUGGGUUUGCGGGGGAGGCUUGGCCUGUUUGGUCCCAAGCCUAGUGGAGAGAUGCGAGGGAGGUGCAGCUUGGAAAGACAGGAAAGGCACCCCAGGAGAGGGUGUGUGAAGGUAGCAGGAGCUGAUUAACUUUUUUCCUACAGUCUUGCUGGACUGUUUAGUCUAUGUCCUGCAAGGUGGACUUGAUUUUCAUGGUUUUUUCGCUUUCUCUAACUCUACUUUAACAGGAAUCUAUCCUUCUUGAGAGGAGGAAAUGACCAAGUUCCAGGAAUGGUCAACUACUUAGUUUAGAAGAAGAAAGGACAUAUGAUUUAUAUGACUAGGGAAAAAAUUGAGAUCAGAAGUGUACUUUGGCUGAGAGGAAAAAAGAGGAAGGAUCAAAGGAUGGUGAUCUUGAUAAAGCAGAUGUCAUGGAGGAGGAAGAGGAGAAAAAAUAGGAAGAUGUUUUUAAGGUGUGAAUUUUGAGAUAUUAAUAUUUCAAAAGAACAGUGGUCCAAAUAGUGAAAUGGCCCUAAUUAUGGUUGUUGAGGCAGAGAUCAUUGGCAUUAAAGAGAUUAAGAGGGACUUCCCUGGUGGUGCCAUGGUUAAGAAUCCGCCUGCCGAUGCAGGGCACAUGAGUUCGAGCCCUGGUCCGGGAAGAUCCCACAUGCCACGGAGCAGCUGGGCCCGUGAGCCAUGGCCACUGAGCCUGCGCUCUAGAGCCUGUGAGCCACAACUAUUGAAGCCUGCGUGCCUAGAGCCCAUGCUCUGCAACAAGAGAAGCCACCACAAUGAGAAGCCCGCACACUGCAAUGAAGAGAAGUCCCUGCUCGUUGCAACUAGAGAAAGCCUGCCUGCAGCAACGAAGACCCAACGCAGCCAAAAAAAAAAGAGAGAGAGAUUAAGAAAUGUGAGGUUAGCGUGUUGGGUAAUUUGUUCUCAUGAGUGUUGAGGUUGUCAGGAUAACAGUAGGAAUGGGGCGGAAAGGACAACUCAGCAGUGACCAUGAUAUGACACUGAUAAGGAGAGAUUCAGUAGUUGGAUAGCUUGGGCUUGGGUGAGUUGUGGGCAGGAGGGGAAGUAUUGGGAAGGAAGUAGCAAAGGAGAUGAGAAAGGAAAGGUUUUCCAUCCAAACUUGGAUCACCCCGAUCCUUGAACUGCACACUUCCUCUGUACCCUUCUCCCCUCUUCCAGUGCUCCCAACCUCACCUUCCUUCUGGGGCAUUUGUGCAGAUGGUUGUCAGUUGAGGAGGAAUGUGCUUAAUCUUUUAGGAACCAGUAACCUUCAAGGAUGUCUCUGUGGAUUUCACCGAGGAGGAGUGGGGUUGCUGGACCCUGCUCAGAGGAAGCUGCACACAGCUGUGAUGCUGGAAAACUACAGUCACUUGGUCUCAGUGGUCUUAUGUUCACAGUAUGAUACUGGAGUGUACAUCCUCAGCUGAUGCUCAACCCUUUUUGGUGCAUGUGUGUUCUACUUACAGGGGACACCUCUGCUGACUGGGCUUGGGAUGGAUCUAAUAAGAAUCCAGAUGGAGACUUGAAUGAAAAUUCUGUGGAGAAUCAACAGAAAGGACUUAGGUUAUCUCUUACCUGAAUAGCUUUCCUCCUGGCAAAUAUUGGAAGAGAUGUCCAGUACAAUAACUGGGAGUCAGGAUUAAAUUGUGAAUCUUCAGUGUACAGGAACCCUGAACUAGAUGUUCCCCCUUGUCAAAAGUGGGGAGAAGCAUCUUCUCAUAUUUCCAAAAACAAAAGCAGUUUGGUGACUCUUCAGAGUGAUGAUUUAAAAAACAUGGAAAGUGAAGAAUAUUUGUCUUUGAAAGUCCCAAGCCAAAUGGCCACACAGGACUCAGUGACGUUCUGUAAGAAUGAGCCCCAAGAUCCUCAGGAAAGCAAAAUUCUGUUUGUAACUGAAGAACGCACUGAGAGGAAAAUCUCAGAGAGCAAAAGUCCCCCCAUCGACCAUUGUUCAGAGAACCUUCAAAAUAAACUUGUGUCUGAUGUAAAAGAAGUGGUCUCGCCCUCAUUCAGAGGUGAGACAAUAUGCCAGAUUGGCCAGUCGAAAGAAUCCUUGGAUCCCUUUGACUGUAAACACAAGGACAUUUGUGGUUGGAAGUCAUGGGUGAUCAGUUGUAGUCAUCAGAGAGCUCAUGCAGAGGAGAAGCCCUGCACCCAUUAUGACUGUGGGAAAAUACGUACCACCAGCCCAGGUGGUCACCCAGGUGAGAAAAUCCACACUGCUGAGAAACUAUACAGAUGUAGUCAGUGUGGUAGGGACUUCAGUGAGCGCUCAGAGCUAGUCCUUCAUCAGAGGGACCACACAGAAGAAAAGCCCUACAGAUGUGAUCAGUGCGGGAAGGGCUUCACGAGAAGCUCAAGUCUCCUUAUCCACCGCGAAGUCCAUGCAGAUGAGAAGCCUUAUAAGUGCGACAAGUGUGGGAAGGGCUUCACGAGGAGUUCAAGUCUGCUCAUUCAUCACUCAGUCCACACAGGCGAGAAGCCUUACAAAUGUGACAAGUGCGGGAAGGGCUUUACUCAGAGCUCCAAACUGCACAUCCACCAGCGAGUGCACACUGGAGAGAAGCCCUAUGAGUGCGGGGAGUGUGGUAUGAGCUUCAGUCAGCGCUCCAACCUGCACAUCCACCAGCGCAUCCAUACGGGGGAGAGGCCCUACAAGUGUGGAGAGUGUGGGAAGGGCUUCAGUCAGAGUUCAAACCUUCACAUCCACCGAUGCUCACACACGGGGGAGAAGCCUUACCAGUGCUAUGAGUGUGGGAAGGGCUUCAGCCAGAGCUCAGACCUCCGCAUCCACCUCAGAGUCCACACUGGGGAGAAGCCCUAUCACUGCGGCAAGUGCGGGAAGGGAUUCAGCCAGAGCUCCAAACUCCUCAUCCACCAGAGAGUCCACACUGGAGAGAAGCCCUACGAGUGCAGCAAGUGUGGGAAGGGCUUCAGCCAGAGCUCCAACCUCCACAUCCACCAGCGGGUCCACAGGAAAGAUCCCCAUUAAAUGAGGUCUUCAAUCGCAUGCUUGUACUCUGAAGACUUAAAUAUUUUUAACAUCACUCUUAGUUUUAUAUUCUCAGGAUAUAGUAAGAGUUAUUCAGAUAACUUCCCUCACUGGAAAAUCAUUUAAAGUAUUUAACUACCAAGCACUUUGUUAUGCUACACAGUGAAUUGACUGCCCUUGUUCCUCAGAUGGGUAGAGUGAAAAUGUCUAUACUGUGCUGUUCAGUCAGUGUUACUAGAACUACAUACCCUACCCAGCAUUUUUAAGUGCAAGAACCUUAUAUUUCUCCAAGCAGAACAUGUUUCCUUUGUUCACAUUCUCUGAGAAAUUGGAACUUUGGCUUCUCUUCAAAUCACGUGCCUUGUGUUUUCCUAUUUCCUUCCAGCCCUGAGUAGCCCUCUCCAAAUUCUGGUUAUACAAUAUGUUAGUUUUAGGUUGAGGGGGUGGUUGGAGGUAUAGUGGGCAUGGAAAUCUGUUAUUGCACACACGUACUACAGCCUGUGGCCUCAAGAACGUGGAGAAGAGCUACUCGUGCAGUACACCCCACACACUACAGGAUGUGGGACCCCUCCCCCUCCUCCCCACAAGGCAACUGCUCAAGAACAUAAGUAGUUCUUUUUCCUGGGUGCAGCUAGUCUGUUGGGGUGCUUCCAGGUCUUGCCAUCUCAGAUGACACCCCCACCAAAUUAAAGCCAAGUAGGGUACCUACACCAUGUUGAAACAUGUUAAAUGAAGUUGAAAUAUAUUUAAAUGUAUUUAAUUUGUCUCUCAACACUGAACCUCUCUUAUUUCCUUAAAUUUCUUCACCAUCCAUGUUCUGAACCAAACAAAGGAGUCAGGAGAGGGAGUUCUGAUAUUUUUCUCUUCAGACUCAACUUGUUUUAAUAUUUCAUAUACCCCCAAAAAGUCAUUUGUAUUUGCAGCAUAGUUAUUGAACCAGACUUGGGUCUGCUUGCCCAUGCACAAUAAAGCCAAUCUACUUACA